AUGACGCCCGAGCCACCUGAAGUUCCAUAUAAUUAUGUGCUAGAUUUCCCAUCUGAUCGACUCCUCUCUCCGAGUCGUCACUCCACUGCGGACCAGCGCAAGCAAGUCCACCUUCUCCAUCGCCUCGGAUACUCUGUGAAGGCUAUCUCGAACGAGGUCUAUCUCACGUAUAAAUGCGUGUGGUAUAUCAUCAAUCAAACUACCGCCACGCUGCCAUCUCCGCCAACUCGCCGCGCGUUUCGAAACCUAGACUUCGAAAUGAUUCGGUCUUAUAUCGAAACCUCUUCGGAGACUCGACAGAUGCCGUUCAAAAAGGUGAUCCGAAACCUUGAGCUCGGUUGCUCCGACAGCACCUUGCGUCGGUUCCUUAAGUCCCACGGCUACCGCCGAUACCGUGCAAAGAAGAAGCCAAAGCUCGUGGAUCGGAUCCAGCCGACGACUCAACGGAGAAAGGCGUGGAUGUUUUGGGGUUCCUUUUCCGGUGGCUCUCGCGGUCCCUCUAAUCCGAAGCUCCUCCUGGGUGUAUCUCCCGUGGUGGGCUGGUGCGUUAUCUUGCAUUGA